AUGGGCCUAAAGCAGAUGCAGGAGAAUGAUCUUGUGAUGACCAUUGCGUCCGAUGAAGACUUAUCUGAUGUAGCAGAUAGUUUAGAAUCAUCUGAUGUAGAGGAUAUGGAGCUCAAGGGCGCUGUGCUUAGUCGAGAGCAGCAGCUCAAGGAGGCGCGGCAGCAUCAGAAGGAGAGCGAGAUUGCCGAAGACUUUGAGUUUGACGAUGGUGGCACGUUUUACACGUCGGGUGGCAGUUCAUGGGACUUUACAGCAGCCAUAUCGCGUAUUGAGAAGAUGGAAAGCGGUAUUCCAACGGCUACUAAGCGUACGUCUAUUCAGGCAAAGAUUGAUAAGAGACGACAGGAAAAGGAGACAGAGAAACAGAUGAAAAAGGAGAAGAAACAAAAGAAGAAAGAAGAGAAGCAGGUGGGUACAAAGCAGAAGAAGAAGAAGAAGAAGAAGAAAGAGGAGGAGGAGGAGAAGGAGGAGGAGACUGAAGGAUGUGAUGAUAGUGAAGAUGAGAAGGAGAAAGUGGAGGAUUCUUUUGAUGAAGAGAAGCAGGAGAUGGAAGAAGAGGAUGUGGUGGUGGAGGAAGAUCGUUUGCAGUCAGCGUUGAAAGAUAGUAAAAAGGACCAACAGUCUCGUGAAGAGCUAGUAGACGCACUGGAGAAGAAGAAGGCGGCUGAGUUUUUUGAGUCAGACCCAUUUGCAGCACAGGAAUUUGCUAAAACCAAAUUCGAGACCUUUGCUGACUUGAAGUUGUCACGUCCGCUCAUGCGCGCUAUCUCACAUAUCGGUUUUGAGAAGCCGACGCCAAUUCAACAGCGAGCGAUCCCUAUUGCACUUACGGGAAAGGAUAUCUGUGCUAGCGCUCAAACAGGAAGUGGUAAGACUGCGGCUUUCCUUUUGCCUAUCUUAGAGCGUCUCCAAUUCCGUUCCCGUCGCGUGCAGUCAACGCGAGUGAUGAUUAUUUGUCCUGUGCGUGAGCUUGCGACGCAAUGCCAGGCGAUGUUUGAGCAGUUGGCGCGUUUCACGGACAUUACCAUCUCCUUGGCUGUUGGCGGUUUGCCUCUUAAGGCUCAGGAAGCUGAGCUGCGUAAUCGUCCAGACGUUGUGGUUUGUACCCCUGGCCGUAUGAUCGAUCACCUGCGCAACUCGAAGAGUGUUCACAUGGAUGACCUAGAAAUUCUGGUUUUGGAUGAAGCUGAUCGACUGCUUGAGUUAGGUUUUACUGAGGAGGUGCUGGAGCUUGUCCGCAUGUGUCCUGUGCAGCGCCAGACGAUGCUGUUCUCUGCUACGAUGACGUCAAAGGUUGACCAGCUGGUUGACUUGUCGAUGAAGCGCCCUGUGCGUAUUAGCACUGACCCGUUGUUUGAUAUGGCCAAGCAUUUGGUGCAAGAGUUUGUGCGUAUUCGUCCAAACCGUGAAGAUGACCGUGAAGCAAUUCUGUUAGCGUUGUGCACGCGUACGUUCCGAACGAACACGAUUGUGUUUAUGGAGACGAAGUCGCAUGCGCAUCGAAUGAUGAUCAUUUUUGGCCUUGCUGGUAUCAAAGCGGCUGAACUGCACGGUAAUUUGGUGCAGAGAGAGCGGCUUGAAGCGCUUCAGAAAUUCCGUGAUGGCGCGGUGGAUAUUCUUUUGUGUACCGAUAUUGCUGCUCGUGGUAUCGAUGUGCGUGGUGUACACGCUGUCAUUAAUUAUGAAAUGCCAAAGGAUAUUACAACGUACGUACAUCGUGUCGGUCGCACGGCGCGGGCUGGUCGCAACGGCCGUGCUGUCACGCUAACUAGCGAGUCACGUCGUUUGGUAAUGAAGCAGGUGUCACGCCAUUGCAAGGGGUUCGUGAAAUCCCGUGCUGUUCCCGAUCCCGUUAUUGCGCAAUGGAAGGCCCGCAUUGAGAGUAUGCAAGAAGAUAUGAAGCUGGUAAUGCACGAGGAGACGCUUGAGAAGCGCAUGCGUGAAGCCGAGAAGGAGGCUACUCGUGCCACAAACCUUUUGAGGCACCACGACGAGAUCAACUCCCGUCCAGCGCGCACGUGGUUUAUGUCUGAGAAGGAAAAGAAGAAUGUGAAUGAACGUGCUGAUACCGAGCGUCGCGCCAAGGAGGAAGCUGCUAAGGAAGAAACAGAGACUACCGGUACUAUGUCGCGCGUGAAAAAGCUAAAGCUCAUGAGUCACAAAAAACGUCGGCUAUUUGAAAUUCGUGAGCGCGAAGAGCGAAUGCUGGCGGACGCUGCUCGAAAGGACGAAGAGGGUAUUGAAAACGGUAAGAAAGGUGCUGCCUUCACAUCGAUGCACGUUGCUGGUGCUGCGAAGCGUGCCAAGAAAGUCCAGCAGCAAACAGCACGAUCGCGUGAGGAAGAGUCUAUUGCAGAGAUACAUGAACGGAAACGCCUCAAACGUGAAAAGGCUCGUGCUAUGCGUAGCAGCCACGGUGUUAGUGCAUUUGACAUUGACAUGACGCAUGAUGGUGCGAUGACGCCGAAGUCCAGAAAACAGCGUGACGCAAGUGCUUGUUCCAACCCGUUCGAGUUUAAGGAGAAAAUCACGGACUACAAGAAACAUGCCAAGAAGAGCUCGAGCUCUUUUAAGUCCAAGGCAAAAUACAAGCGGCGCAAAUAG